UCACACUGACGUCAGCAGGAUGUAAAUACGGCGCCUCGCGGCCUCGUCGCUCUUUUUCCUCUCCCGUGCUGUUAGAGCGGUUGGCCUACGCUCUGUCUUCGGAAGACUCAACACCGAACCAGCAAAAUGAUCAUCUACAAGUGCAUAAUAACCGGUGAUGAGAUGUUCUCAGAUAUCUACAAAAUUACAGAAACCCACGACGGACUCUUCAUCGAAGUUGAAGGAAAGACCAUCACUAGGACCAGCGACGACAUCGAUGACUCUUUACUUGGAGGCAACGCCUCUGCUGAAGAAGUACAAGAGUCCAACGAGUCAAGUUCUGUCUCUGGUGUCGACAUCGUCCUCAACCAUAAGCUGCAGGAGACUGGCUUUGAGAAGAAGUCAUACACGGCAUACAUCAAAGAGUAUAUGAAGGCCGUUAAGGCCAAACUGGAAGAAACCAACCCAGAGAAAGUGGAUGCCUUCAAGGCCAAUGCCCCAGCAGGAGUCAAGGCCAUAAUGGGAAACUUCAAGAAUUUCCAGUUUUUCACAGGAGAGAGUAUGAACCCAGUCGGCACUGUGGGUCUGCUGGAUUACCGUCCAGAUGAGGUCACACCAUACAUGAUUUUCUUCAAGGAUGGUCUGGAAAUUGAGAAAUGCUAACUACAUCUGCUACUUCCCAAGCGGCCCACAAGGAAACUGAUGGAGCACGACUUUGCAUCAUGUCUGAACGGAUACAUCCUUGUUCGAUUUCUUACAUAUUCACAUUAUGAACCACAGUACUACUCCCAAAGCUGGAGGAAUCAAACAUGAUUGAUCACCGAAUAGUUUUAACUUAUUCUUUUCAACCUUUGCUGUGUUUGAUUUUUGUCCCAGGAUUGAACUACCAGGUAGGACAGUGAGUGAAGCUCUGACUUUGACUGGAAAAAAAAAAUGUAUUUUUUUUUUCGUCUCAGUGUACUCUUUUAGCAACGAUCCAUGCAGGUUAACAUCUCCAGACCUCUUGGUGUGUGGGUUCCAUUAAAUAAGAUUCCAUCUACAGUUAAAUGACUUCUGUUUUAAUUUGACAAUAAAAUGAAAUGCCACUA